AUGCAAAUGCUAAUUAGCUUAGCAGUAAUAACAGCAACACAAUUUCAUUCCAUAUUUUCUUUAAUGGAACAAAAUAUCAAUUAUUGGAUUGAAUUAGAACUUCAAUCAGUCUAUUGGAAGCCAACAUGUUUAACAACAGGCGGAUGCGCUAAUCCACGUUUUAGAAUCUCCAAAUCUAAUAAAUUUAACGCCGAAAUUAUUUCAAUAAGUUGGAGUAUUACGGAAAAUUUUCUUGAGAGACAUUCUCGAAAAUUCGUUACUCAUUGGAUGCAUGGUAAACCAGAUGAAAUUACUCUUCAAUGUGAAGUUAUUGGUAUGGACCCAUUGUAUGGAUUCUCUCGAACUUGUGAUACCACUCAGAAUAUCGAAAUAUUCAACGAAAAUGAUAACAUUGAGGAAGUUAACAGUUAUUCAAAGUUAACAUCAGAAGAUGAAUCACCUAUAGAUGAAAGACAUGGCAAACUUAUUGUUGAAAUUCGAGCCAAAUGUUUCAAUGCUUCAUUUGCUGCACGAAAAUAUACGAAACAUUGUCCAUGGUGUUUAGCGGAUGAUGACAUGACGCUUAUUGAAUCAGCGCCUGAGUACGAAUCAACCGACGAAGGUGGUACAGCUAAAAUGGGUUUUAUCGAGAAAUUUGCGCAAUUUUUUCUUAGCCAACAAACUUUAUUGAUCUUUCUACUAGGCUUAUCAUUGAUAAGUCUAUUAGGCUUAAUUUGCCUACUGCUAGUUAUCAGUAAGCAACGUCACUUCAUAUCACUGCUACAGAAACGAUCACAACAUACCAAUCAUCUAAAUUCCUACCUAUACUCGGAACAACUUGCAAAACCUGUGAAAAGCGCUGAUGAUAGGUACGAUGUUCCAUGGGAUCAAAAAUGUAUUUUGCAACGAUUCUGGAGUAAGGAAAAUUCAAUUAUCGAUAGUGAUAAUACAUUGAUAGAUUCAAAAUUGUUGAAUCGUACUUCAAUUCCAGUUUUGAAGUCAUUAUCCUAUAUUCCACGUAAAACAAUGAUUACGGGGACUAUAUCAACAAUGUCGAAACGGUUGUCACCCAAUUCGUCAUUAUACGAACAUCACGAUAGUGGCCUGGAGUCUGUCUAA